AUGUAUCUUCGUGCAAUGGGGUUCUUAAAUGCUAUUGUGUUCCUCAGCUUGGGCAUCGUGCUCGCUGUGACGCUCAAGUUUCCGGAUGUUUGGGUACAAAUGUGGACUGAUGCACUUUCCAAGGGAGAUAACAAGAAGGGCCAUAGAUUUUGGCUUGGGAUCUAUGGGCUUUUGGAAGUCCUUCCCCUCAUCUCUUUGGUGGGAUGGAUAUGGCACCUUUUCUCCAACGUAGUGCCAGCUGCUGGUCUCUCACUUCACGAGAAUCUCUUGCGCACCGUGCUGUGCGCGCCGUUCCCGUUCAUAAGCCGGGUCGACAGUGGUAACAUCAUGAACCGCUUCAACCAAGACCUGAUGCUCAUAGACUCUUUGCUUCCUUUUGAUCUACUCAACACGGUAGAGGAGCUCUUCCUUGCGGUCAUACAGGUCAUUCUGAUUGCGAUGGCGUCUGUCCGCACGCUUUCAGUCAUCCCUGUGGUUGUUGCAGUCCUCUACUCCAUCCAACGCUUCUACCUCCGAACUUCAAAGCAGUUGAGAUUGCUCGAGCUGGAUGCCAAGGAGGCUUUACAUACCAAAAUCUCAGAUGUUGCCGGCGGAUCUGGUCUCUCAACCAUUCGCGCACACGGAUGGCGGACAGCGUUCCGAGCCGAGUUCAUGGAUAAGCUGGAUCGGUCCCAGGAGCCCGUCUAUCUUCUGUACUCGGUCCAACGAUGGCUUCAAGUCGUUUUGAACUUGGUCGUGGCCGGACUGGUCGUUGUUAUUGCGGGCGUCUGUGUUGCUCUGCGCGGACGAAUCAGCGCCGGCUCCGUCGGGCGAGACGGAGACGGAGUCUGCUAG